AUGUUGGAAGGACAAUCUCAUCCUGAUCCCUUGGAUCCUGCCUCCAAACAUGCCCCAAAAUGGGUACAAGCUACUGGAAACAACCUGCCUCCGGAUGCUAUGCAAGGAGGAAGUGAAGGUUCACACCCUCUCUUCAUUGCUCGAGCAUCCAUUGAUGGUGGAGUUCAUCCUGGCAAAUGUGGUCCAACCAUGGAACCUAGUGGGGCUCAUUUCUCAACGCUUUAUCGAUGGGAACGAAUCAGUAAAGGAAUCACCACCAUGAUGGAAUUGAAGAAGCAAGGAGUCUUGAAGCCUGUCACUGGUGGAUUUGAAAAGGAUGGUCGUCCGUUGUAUGUCUGUCAAGCCAUCCAUGAAGAUGACAGCGGUCAAACUGUACAUCCUGGCAAAUGUGGCAUGCACAUGCCUGAAGGUGCUCAUUAUGCAUAUGGUGGAAACGAACGCACCACUGAACGUUUCAGCUUGUUGAUGAUUGACACCUCCAUGCUUGGAACCGAAACUCCAGCUCCUCCUCGUCAAUCUGAAGGUGGUUAUCCUUUCCGUCCAACUGAAAGUGCCUUUGGUGAUGGUCCUGGUCCAACUGAAGGUGCUUAUGGUGGUGAACCUCCUCGUCGAACUGAAGGUGAUGAUGGUAAUUAUCCUCCUCGUCAAUCUGAAGGUGGUCUUCGUGAAUGGGCCGAAGGAAUCACAUAUGAGCCAGGUCAGGUCUACCGCUACAAUGGCGAAGACUAUACUGUCAUCCAAGGUCAUACGGCCCAUCCUGGUGCUGGCUGGAAUCCUGCAGCAACCCCAGCACUUUGGCGUCGAGGUGGGAACUGCUAA